CAAAGCCAAAAUGUCGGCCAAUUGACCCAAGAUAGAAAGCAUAAACCCCUCCACCUUUGGAGUCAGAAUAGGUGAUAGGCUGGUGUUGCGAAAGGAGUACCACCCAGUUGUUCAACACGAUAGGUGCCUUGAAGAGAAACCAUGAACAACCAAGGCAACAAUAUCGGUGGUUUGGGUGGUGCAAGAGCCCGCAACAACAACAACGGAGCUCGUGGUGGAGACAACAACCCGUUCUUUCACUUCCAGAACAGACUGUUCCAUGCCUUGUUCUACCGCAUCACUAUCACAUACGCUAGAGCUUUCCCAAGGCCCAUCCGGAGGGUUCUGGAGUUUGCUCUUUUACUCAAGGCUCUGUCGGUGUUGACCAUUCUAGUGUACAUACAUGCUGUCUUUGCGAAAGCUCCAAUGAACUGUUUAGAGCAUGUUCAAAGCUCAUGGCCCCGCGAUGGAAUUCUGAGAGUAGAGAUUGCACGUAAUGUGCCUGAGAACUACACCAUCAUCAGUUCGUACAAGAAGGAGUACUCUGACAUGCAGAUGUUCUUCCAGUCCACACUUGCUGAGGAGCUAGGUUUGGAAGAUCCCAGUACAGACCUGGAUGAAGUCGAAGAAAGUUCAGCGGAGACUGGAGAAGCAGGAGACUCUCUUAAAAAGACUGUUGUAAGUGAACUUUCAGAGCUUGAAGAUGCUGAAGGGGAUGGUGACCAUGAUCCUUUCGGAUUAAACAAGAGUGUUGUUGAAGAUUUGGUUCAAAAUGCCAUGGGUGAAAGUGAAAACUCUGAGGAAAUGGCUGCUGAAGAUACUGGUGGUGGAGGUUCUGAUAACAAGGAAAAGGAACAGUUGGUUUUGGAAGCGGACAAUGAGGGAAAGCCUAUGACUUCAGAUAAUCUUGACGAGUCACCAAAAGAGCCAGAAGGCAAUGCCGAACCUAUGGAAGAUGAAGAAGUCACUGCUGAAGAAGUCGACACCAGCAUUUGGAGUCUGAUAUUUAGCUUCCAGUUUGGGAGUAGCUUGAGGUUUUGGGAUAUUGAUGAUACUGAGGAUAUGCAGCAGCCUGACAUGGAUAAAGAUAUCUCUGUGGGCACAUUCCGCAACAAGAGCAGACGCAACUUCUCUUUACCAGAUGCCAUCUCAAUGAAGGCCCAAUUGUCAGAGGGUCUGAGUGAGUUUGAAAUGCUAGCAAGAGCUGUUUCAGUGUGGCCAGAAGAAAAAUUCAUUGUUGAAUAUUCCCUGGAGUAUGGCUUGCUGCGGCUUCUACCAAAGACAAGGAAGAAACUGAAUAUAACUGUCAUGUUGGUCACAUUAGAUCCAGACAAGGAGGAGUGCUUUGGUGAUGGCUUCAGCCGGUUUUUGCUGGAUGAAUUUCUUGGUUAUGAUGAUAUUCUAAUGUCAAGUAUAAAAAAGCUGGCAGAAAGGGAAAAUAACAAAGGUUACCUGCGCAAUGUUGUGACCGGAGAGCAUUUCCGAUUUAUCAGCAUGUGGAUGGCCCGAAGCUCCUACGUGGCUGCUGCCUUUAUAAUGCUUAUAUUUACGGUGUCAGUUUCUACUCUUCUGCGAUACUCUCAUCACCAGAUAUUUGUCUUCAUCAUGGAUUUGCUCCAGAUGUUUGAUAUGAACAUAGCUAUAGCAUUCCCUGCUGCACCGUUGUUAACAGUAAUAUUAGCACUCGUAGGUAUGGAGGCGAUUAUGUCAGAGUUUUUCAAUGACACCACCACAGCAUUCUACAUCAUUCUGAUUGUGUGGAUAGCUGAUCAGUACGAUGCGAUUUGUUGCCACACAAACAUCAGCAAGAGGAUAUGGCUCAGGUUCUUCUACUUGUAUCAUUUUGCCUUCUAUGCUUACCACUACCGCUUCAAUGGCCAAUACAGCUCUCUGGCACUGUUCACCUCUUGGCUGUUUAUUCAGCACUCGAUGGUCUAUUUCUUCCACCACUACGAGCUACCGGCCAUUUUGCAGCAGGUGCGCAUCCAGGAGCUGCUGGUGAACCCGGCACAGGCAGGAGGUAAUGCUGACGACCCACCGCAGGACGCUCCACCCAACAACCCAGAUGACGAAGGGAGCCCUGUGGAUCCAAUCCCUGAUGAUAAUGCAAACAGGCAUGGAGGUGGUAACGAUGCUGAAGGGGCUUCGGCACCUGGUGCAUCUGGAAAUGCCGGGGUGGAGGAAGUUGAUGGUGGAGCAGAUCUGCCCGGUGGGGAUGGUGGUUUCUCCCCUAGAAAUGGGGAUGAUGCUUCUGGUGGUGGUGUGAGGAACAGGAGCAACAAUCGUGGAGGAGGUGCUGGUGCUACUGCCAGUGCUGCGGAUGCAACUAGGGAGGUGCUGAGGCUGAAUAACAUCCAGCUCAACCCGAGGGAUGCGACAGCCAGCCUCACUGACCUGUUCAACAUCUUGAGACGCUCCAGGUUCCUCCAGAACUACCUGGACCCUCCAGCUCAGCCUUCUGCUGCUCGAAAUGGGAACAGAAAUAACGCAGAUCCAGUUCAUGGUGAAGGUCCACCUGCUCAAGGUGGUGGGGCGAGGCAAACCCCAGAGGCAGAAAGGGGGAGGGGUUAUGAGAUUGAGCGAGUCACUGUUUACACACAGAGCAACAUCUACAGGCUUUUUAGGCGUCUUCAAAGUAACAGACGAAGGCCCUCUCGGGAAGGAGGGGGUGCUCCAGAUCCUCAACAGGAGAGCAGUAGUGAGGAUACUCCCGUUGCUACUGCCACUUCUUCUGAUGCUAGUCCUGUGCUUCUUCAGCCAGAGCAGGGUGCCAUGAGCAGUGAAAGUGUCAGCAUGGCUUCUACGAUGAGUGGUGAAAGUUCUGGAAACAGUAAAGACAUCUCCCCACCCUCUUCUCAAGAAAUUAAUACUGGCCAGGCAGAAGAACUGCCCUCAGGAGAGUUUGCCAGUCAGGAUAAAGAAAACAGAUAUUAUGAGCUUGAAAAAUGUGAUACGAUAAGUGAAAGCACAGGAAUUGCUUCAUCAGAUGUUAACUGUAUACCUGUCAGUAAAAAUGAAGUGACUCUCGGUUCUGUUGUUUCUGACAUUGUGGGCGUUGUUGGUACAGAGGGCAGUGAAGGUGAGCGCUACACAACAUCGAGCACUGGAGAACCGUUGAAGCCUAAGCUCUCCUGUUUGGAUGAGCAUAAACUGUCGGAGCAGUCUCUCUUCCCUUCCUAUAACAGCCACACAGGAAAAAAGUUGGGAGAAGUGGAGGAGGAGAUGAAAAGUUCUAUUCUGACUGCUCCUGAGAGCAAGAUGUCAUCUGUCGUGCCUUUGACUCACCUGGUGGCGGGCAAGCCGUGUAGUCCUGUGUCGACUACCUCUGAGUUACCUUUGAACAGUAUGCUGGACUCUGAUGGUCAGGGAAAAAUGGACUCCCCUUCCUGUCCUUCUUUGAAAAAUCCAUUUUCGGAGAGUGAAAAGGACUUCAUGCCUUCAGAGUUGAACAGUGAUUAUUUAUUAACCCUUUCGUCAACCCAGUCUGGGGGAGUGCCAGAGAGUAGUUCUCGAGAUGGCACUGCUGUGUAGUAUUUCUUAUAAUGAGAUGAUGUUCUCAAUGCUCACAACAGAAGCCCCCUCCCUGAACCAAACGGUCAAUUGUCUGGUUUUUGGGAGAGCAGUGUAUCUCCCUUGCUAAGGCUGUCAGCAGAAAUGUUUGAAGGGGGGUGAUAGUAUAAUCAGCUGCCUUUGUGCAACCUCAAAGCACCAUAUGUUUGUCAUGGUGGUCUGCUAUGAUGGCCUAACACAAUGUUUCAUCAGUUAAAUUUACCAUCUCGGCAUAAGCUAAUCUGUCUGUGUUACCAAUCCUGAACUAGAUUUUACAUUGUUUUCUUUUGAUUUACAGAACUCAGAACAUUUUUAUGGCUCCAUUCAUUUCUACAAGUCUCUUCUUUUCUGUCAUUGAGCUUGAUUUUGAAUAGAAUUUAAUCAAAUGUUUUUAAUGCCAGAUGUAGCUAAUGUUUAUAGUUGCACCAGUGGGAGAACAUUGGAUAUUAUUCCUGUUUGCAGUGCUGGCUUCUUUUAGUUAAAAGAUAAACUCUUGCAUUGUACAAUUGUGUAUUUUAUGGCAGCCAGUAAUGCUUUCUGAUGUUGCCUCUUUUCUUUUCAAUCUAAAGGGAAGUAUACAAAUGUCAUUUAUGAUAAUAUUUAGGUAUGGGUUUUGGUUGAUUCAUCUUGACUAUAAAGACUUACUGCCUUGGUAUAGUUGACAUAUGCUGUUGUACAACGCAGACUCUCUUCCAGGAAAAUGACAGUGGUAAGCCCACAGGUCAUCUCCAAAGUUUUAAAAGUACAGUGAAGGUGAAAUUCUAUACAGUAACAAGUUGUGUUCUCACUCUAAUGACUCUCCUUUCUGUGGAGCUUUUAUUGUUCUAGUAAAAGGGAAACAUGAAGGGAGGCAAUAGGUGCUUGAUGACUUCUAGAGCAUAAUUGGUCAACAUUGUGUAAAUGGUCAUAAUUCAUGUAGUAAAUGGUCAUUAACACAAGUGAACACAAGGAAAUGCUUAGCAUAAAUGAGUCCACAUAACAUGCGCCACAGUUCAUGGGGGCGGAGAAGUCUCAAAGCAAGGUUUGUGACUCAGUUCAGUGACAUGAUGUGCUUAACACACUUUGACAUUCUGUUGUUACUCAAGAAACGUUCUUUUGUUCAUUGUUGCUUCAGUUCAGGCGCAUCAUAACAAAGCAUAUAUUUGUAAAGUUUUUGUUGCUAUUAUCAGUUUCUCUGUUUGCUCAGUUGUUAAACAUGAUGAGGAUUCUGUUGGUGAUCUCUUUUUGAUGUCCUGGCAUCACUGUACAGAUGUGCAGAGAGGAGCCUUUAACUAAUGCUAUUCCAUCAUGUCAAGCAAACACAGUUAAGAGUCAAUUUAAUAAAGAGGAUACAUUUUGUUUUUAUCAAAGAAAGGGCAGUAUUUUAUUAACUAUUUUGUGAUGACAUCGCAUAAGACAACCUGAAAAUGCUGGGAAUUAUAUCACUGGAACAUUUUUUUUGUAAAGAAUUUAUAGAUAAGAUAAGAUAAGAUAAGAUACAUAAUAACAGGUACUUUAUGAAUUAGGUAGCAUUGGGAUACAAAGUAUAAGUUUAAAGAAAACAGUUUUUGAGAGAAAGUUGUGUGUACAAUUUGGCUUGCUUGUUUGUUUUUUUUAAAUUAUCUAUCAUUUAGAAAAACCAGUGGGAACAUAAAUAGAAAUGGAAUAGUUUUGUGGGUAAUAUUUAUGAAUACAAUGUAUGAAGCAUUUAAAUUUGAAUUCAAAUAAUUGUGUCAUUACUGUUGGUGUAAAAAAAGAUCAUCAGCAGUUUUGCCCGGAACGAUCUUAACUAGCUGUAAAGAUUUCAACAUAAAAAGCUGACAUCUCAUUUACUUGUUCUGUUAUUAAUGCCACUUCAUCCUUGAAAUAUUAUGUACACUUUCCCAGUGUUGAAUGAUUAAAUAUAUUGUUUGCCAUUGAUUGAAUGUCUCAAGUAAUGGUUGUCAUCGAUAUCCACCCAUAUCUUGUGCUCCAAAGUAUGAUAUAUACAUACAGACUUCAACAUAAGUUAAGGACCACUUACAAACACUCUGAGUGGUCUUCCUGCAUGUGGGCGUUCUUGGACUGAUCCAGUGGCUUGAUACACCAAAAAUUUUAACUGAGGAAUGUCCGUGGUGUCGCACACAAGUCGAAAAAACCCGGCAAAUUUGGCUAAAAUUCCUCGAGGAUUUCCUUCUACACUUGGUGGUUUUGCCCCUUUAGGAGGCAGCUUUGCAGUUAACCAUCAACACUUUCACAGCAAAACAAUUUGAAACAUUCCUUGCUGUCUUUUGGGGGGUUAAUAAAAAAUCGGGGCUGUCUGUCAAGAUGGUCCUUAACUUAUUUUGAAUGAAGUCUGUAUUAUUAUGUCUGUGCGACAUGUCUGGAUGAGAUUAAAGUUCAAGUGAGAAAUUAGGACUGUCGCACUUGUCAUCUGUAGGAAGCUCUUUUAAUAAAUCUGUUGGAGAAAAUAAUGAAAGGUGUGUAUUUGAUUAAUAAAUUGUGUGGGUUGACAUAAACUCUGAUGAAUUGGGUAUGAGUCUCUGUUGAUGGAAACGGUCUGAUUUUAACUUCCAUAUUUUACCUUGGUUUCAAUUUUAGCUGUAGCCUGUCAAGUGCUUUUUGGUGUCACUACUUUGCAUUUGGAAGUGAAAUGAAAUGCUUAUAAUAGAAAAAAAUGCAGAACAACUAUUAAUUUGUGUGUAUUCCUGUAGGCUGCUGAUACCUCACUCUCAAAUAUUUUUUACAUAUUAGGAUUACAACCCAAAUCACUUGUCCAAGUUUUGAAAGGGGUACAGAUUUUGAACUAGUAACAUCUCUUUAUUGUGGAGCCCACUUUAAUUCAUAAUCCUUUUUUGACUGCUGUUUAGGCUUCAAAUCAGCGGUUCUCUUAAAACUCUUUGAAAGCUUUACGACAUACUGAUUGUAAAAUGAAAAUAAAUAUUUCAUGUUAAUAGCCAGAUUUAUAAUCAGCUUCUCUCCUCUGCUCUUGUGGUCUGUGUCUUUUUUUUUUCACUUCACUUAAAUCUUUCAAGACACUUGUAUGUGAUAACAAUUUAUGAGAUACACAAAAUGUUAAGGGUAUGAGAUUUAUAAGAUGCAGUUUUUCCAGUGAAGUCCUGUUAAGGGCCUUUUGCUUUACAAUAUAACUGGUCUAGAUAGUGGAAAGAUAUAUUUCAUUUCUAGAUUUGAAUAUUUGAUUACACCUGCAACAUAGUCCUCGAGCCACUUAACUCUUAUAGAUCAAUAUCUUUAUGUUGGUGACCUCUUUUGCUUGCUAUUUAUCCUCUUUGCAGUAUGUUCUGCUUCAUUUUUACCUGACAAGUAAAGUCCUGGGAGCUUUGUUUUUCCUUUUCACUGCUUAGCUAGGACCUGUUUAUGGCUGUUUUGUUGGGAGUGUAGAGCACAUUUGCCAGUGAAGGUUGACUAUGGAAAACCGUUUUAUUCUCUGGUUGAAAAUUGUCUCUUUUUAAUUUUUCCCUCUGUUGUCGGUCAAAUGUUUUUUCUGCACAUUGUAUUCUGACGUGCCAGUUCAGGUUUGAACUUGAAGUAUUGCACUGUGGGCUUGUGGCUGGUAAGCACAGUGGUGCUGUCUGCUUCUUGUACUUCUUUUCAUCGUUACCAUUGCCCUUGUCUGUUCCUGGCAAAACAUGGCUGAUAUGGUGCUGACUCAUUUUUGAGACUGAAAUUUUGACAUUCACUCAACAGCAGCGUAAACUCAAAGCAUUUUUCCAAGGUGGCAUGAUUUUGAUGCAAGUGCAUGUGUCAUAGACCGGUUGUUUUGUUAUUUGGGUUUGCCUUUUAAAAAAAAAAUUCUGCAGGUGGAUGACUUUUCCAUGUGAAAAUAGAACUCAAUUGAUGUAAUCUUCUGUCUUGUCAGGCUGAUUGAAAUUCAUGAUUACCAAGCUAUAAUAAAAUAAGUUACAAAAUCUUUGUUUCCUAUUCAGAACUUCAGAUUUUAUUUCAUCAACUGCAAAUGUAAGAAGGUGAAGAUCAAGUAUACCCACCCAUCAUUGUUACGUUCUCCACCGGGGUGGUUACUUCUUUUUUAAUGGGCUGUAUUUUUUUUGGGUUGAGUGAGGAUUAUAAGAAGGAAAAAAAAGGUGUUUUGGCUGACUUUGAAUGUUAGUUCUCCUUUGGGUACCUCGGUGUCUUUUCAAAGAUUGUCUUUCCUUGUAAAAAAACUGUUACUGUGUUUCAGCAUAGCAGCAAUGGAGUUUCUGUACUCUAAGUCAUAUAAUGCGAUGGAGAUUUGGGCCCUUAGUUUUACUCUUUGAUUGUAGUACAAUAAAGUUCUCAAAACUUGAUUACACAGGUUGUGACUCAUGAUCUAUUUUUGUUUUUGCUCUAUUGGUCACUACGUGCUGGAAUGUUCCUAUCAGUUCUUGCCCUGCAAGCCUUCAGUUGUUUCCUGUGGAAAACAUUUGGACUGUUUUUCAAUCUCUUUGCUCAGCCUAUGACUCGGUCAUUUUGCAUAUUUAUAUGCGUUUGUGAAAAAUGUGGGGCCUGAGAAUGUUUGUAUGAGUGGAAGAAGUGCUCAAUAAAGUAUGGAUGUUUAGAGUACUGGAGAAUUGUAAUUGUACCGACGUUGAAAGUACGGUUGUUCUAUUUCUGAUGGGAAAUGUUGGACUUCAGGUCCUAUGCCAUUGUCCAACAAAUCCCUUUAUAUUUGGAUGGAAAAAAAGGACCAUUAUGACUUGAGAGGUUAGUAUUGUUGUCAAGAAAAGAACAAAAUAAAAAAUUUUCAAGUCCAGCUUUUUGCUGUCAUUGUAAUGACAUAAAGUAACACCUUUUGAAUUAUAUGGACAAGUCUUUGCUGUUUUCCUGUCUAUCACCACCCUUUGGUGAAGUGCAAAUCUAUUAGUAAUGAGGCUUUUUCGAUUGCUUAGAAAAAAAUACAAAACAAGCUUUUCAAAAAGUGCCAUAUUAACUUUAAGGGGGGAAAAAUGUAAAAUUUGACAAUGGAAUGUUCAAAAUGAAGGGAACAUGCAUAUCCUCUGCAUAAACUAUCUGUGCUAGAAAAAUGCAAUUAUAUUGUUGGCUGAGGAACCAAAGGUCAGCUACCCCCUGUGAUCUAGCAGGAGAAUGAAGAAAAAGAGACUGACAAAUGUGGAAAGAUUGAAAGAAGAGUAAUUAUGCAUGAUGUGAUGAAGAAUGAACAUUUUGGUGUAGUAAGUCUGGAAAUCAUGUACGUUCUUUUAUGUUGUAUUGUGUUGAACAUUUUUUAAUACAGACAAAAGUAAUAUUAGUUGUGUUCUUAUAUUGUGUAACGUACACGUGUAAAGAAAAAAAAAGGUAAUAAUGUUUGAACAGAAAAACGAUCAUCAAGCUUUUCCAUUGUCAUUGCCAAACCACUGAGCAUUGAACUGACUUAAACGAACAUUUUUUUGUUUUCCUUGGCUUUUUUAUUCCUAAAGGGUACCUGGAUAGAAUCUAAUAUAUUAUAUAUCUAAUCGGUUAUAAAAAAAUAUGUUUUCUAACAGUCUUUUGCAUUAUUGUGUUAUGUUACUGAACAUCCAGGUUGUCAAAGGAUAAAAUGGUACAUACCAUGUGGAGACUUAACAAGGUGAAUAGUCUGUUUAAGAGUGACUUUUAUGCUAAGAAAUGGGCUGUAUACUUUUGUCAUUUAUAAUAAGAUGUUUCAUACAUGUUAGACAUGAUUGCAGCUGGAACUAUAAACUUGGUACCCAUACGCAGAGUUACAGAAAAUCGUUGCUUGAGUCUUAAUGAUAUUGUUUCUAGCUCAGUUUUGGUAAGCAGAUGUUGUAUUAAAUAUAUUAUGUUCUGUAUUGUUAAAGUUUGAUGUAAAAGAUGCUGCUGACAUUUUGGUGGUUUCAAACUGAUUUGUGGUACGAUCAAGGAUUCGGUAACAAAUGACUAGGCUCCUGUGAACAAAUACCAAGUUCCUUUGCUUUCUUCAUCAUUCCGUUUUUACACUUUCCUGUUUUCUAUUUUAGAGCUGCCAUUGUUGAAUUAAUUUUUCCAGUCGCUUUAAUUUAGUCAUUGUUCAGGAUGCGUUUUUAUUCUUAGUGUUUUUCAUUUAUCGAUGCUGAAAAGUGGGUCUAACUAGGUUGCAAUGUGCUCAGUCACUGUACAUUCAAGCUUCUCUUUUCUUUGUGUCAGUUAGUGAAGAUGGUGAAAAUGUGUUUGGAAAAUGUCUUUCACCUAAUUUCAUCAAGCACAGAUAUGAAACAAUGUCAUCUUCUUCGGUAAUGGCCAUUCUUUGAAGGAGCUGUUAGGACGUGCGUGUUUCUUGCGUUACUUAUUUUUAUCAUAGGAAAGCAUAAAUCAGUUUUGUGUCCUCAAAAGUUUUUGUCCAAGAAUGAUCUUUAUUUCUUAGAUCAGGGUGGUGAAAGCCUCGGACAGUUUUACUAAUGGAAAGAUGUAUAGACAUUGAAACAUCUACAAAUUGUUCAUUUAUUUUUAUGGUGAGUAUUCCAGUACAAAUUUCAAGACCAGAUUUUAUCUUUUGCAUAUAAAAAAGUUCUUGAGAGAAACCGGAAACAAGCCGGAAAAGUCCAUCCUCUUAAAUGGGGGUGUUUGAAGAAAUGCAAUGGCGCCAUCAUUUGCUUAGUAUCUUAAUCUGGCUGUAAGCUUGAGGUGAAUUGACAAAGGACAGUAGCAGGCAUAUUGUAGAGCAAAAGACCACAAACUAGUGUUACCUUUGCCUGUGUUCUCACUGUUCUCGCUUUUUUGAGUGUCUUUCAGUAACAAUAAACAUGCCGGAACAGGCGUUAAUUAAAGCGUUUGAUAAUAAUGAAACAUCAUUUUGACUUGUGAUCAUUUGUACAGUAUGUUUUACUCCUUUUGAAUUCUGAAUAAAGCAAUAAGAAUUCAU